UGUGAGGCGCGAGCGGCCCGCGAUGCUCCGCGGGCCCUAACAUGGGCACCAGCGGUUCCAAGGGCCGGGGGCUGUGGCCCUUCUCGGCGCCGGCUGCGGCCGCGGGCCCGGGAGGCAGCCCCGAGCUCACCGACGCGGCCCGUGCCCAGCACGCCCUGGCCCGGGCUCGGGGCUUCCGCCCCGCGCCGCCCUUCGUGUUCACCCGUCGCGGUUCCAUGUAUUAUGAUGAAGAUGGUGACCUGGCCCACGAGUUCUAUGAGGAAACAAUUGUCACCAAGAAUGGGCGAAAGCGUGCCAAGCUGAGGCGGGUACAGAAGAACCUGAUCCCUCAGGGUAUCGUGAGGCUAGACCACCCUCGCCUCCACGUGGAUUUCCCAGUGAUCAUCUGUGAGAUGUGAGCCCUGCAGCCCCUUCCUGCCCACACCCCAAGUCUGUGGGGUGGUGGGUAUGGACAUCUGGGUAGGAGGAGGGGCAGCAGGGCCAGAAAGAGGCCUUGGGUGGGGAAAACUCCCCACUUCCUUGGCAGGGCAUCCCAAGCUGCUGAGUCCACAAGCUCAAAGUGUGGGUCCUGAUGAGAGGUGUCUGGGUUAAAGCAGCCGCCCCAGAAUGAAUUCCACCUGACGUGGGCCCCCUAAUGGGCCAUAUUUUUUCAUCUACAAGUCAACGGGUAGGGAAGCUGGGUGCCCAGUUCUGUUUCUUCCACAGUACUGGGUGAUUCAGUUUGAGGGAGGGUCUGGGGAUAAAGGAUAGUUGGCUUGGUUCACUGGAGUAGGUAUUUUCAUCAGGAUCUGAGUGCCUGGGUAAAGGAAGGGGGUAGGAUACUCAGUUUCUCUUCCUGAACCCAAAGCCCCAACUCACCCUCCAAUAUCGAGAGGAGUGUCAGGAAAUAAAAGCUGGGUGAAUGCUCAGGCCAGGAAUUUCAGGGUACAAUUUCCUUCCUUCUGACCUCAACCACCUCCCAAUACCCCUCCCCCUCCUGUUUCCUUGUAGCAUGUACCUCUCCCUCUGCCCAGCCUGGGAGAAGGGACAGGAGAGGCCUGGGGCUUGGUCACUGUCAGGGAGACAAGGGGACACAGCACUUUACAAGCAGGGUCUCCUCUUUUCCUGGCCCUUCCCCUUGUGUCCCCAGGGGCUGUGGGGCUGGCCAUAGUGAGCUUUGCUAUGCACAAGCAGUACCCUCCUUUCUCCUUUCCCUCACAUUUCUGAGCAUUUCAGCCGUUUGCUACCUCGAUUCCUACCACCCCCGAGGGAGGCUGGUCUCAAUGAAUCUCACAACCACCCUUGAUCCACUGCCCCACUCCCCUUCUCACUCCCAGCCCACUAAUUAGCUCAGCCUGCUGGAACUGAAGAGGAUUAGAAGAUCCCCUAUCUGGGGUGGGUUUCACUUCCUACACUGUGAUCCUCCCCGAACCUCACCCGCCUAUACACAUAUACACCUGGUCCCUGAGGGUAUGGUUGGAAACUGAAGGGGCAGUGGAUCUUCUACAUGGGAAUCCUAGAAUUGGGAGAAAAGCAUAAACCCUAAAGAUAUGGGGGAGAGGGCUCUUGCUCAGUACCCCUGCUAAGACUGCCUGAGAAACCUGUUUCUUACACCAACCCUUUCUUGGGAGAAAAAGGGGGAGUUUCCGCACACUACACUUGAUGUGUCCUUCAGGCCUGUCCCCAUCAGCUCUGGAGAGCACAUUCCCAAUCAAUCCCCACCCUGUUAUGAUAGGCAGUUCUGCCCACCUGGCAAACUUACCCAUAUCUCUUUAGUAUCCUGGCCCCUCUCACCUUGGUACUGUGUUGGCCCAAUCCCUCCCCCAAGCUGCUCACCUCCUACUAGUAGGCAUGGGCAACUGGGCCCAACCUUCUGCUCUCCAGGGUCUGUCUGGCAGGGGUUGGAUAAGGAGACCACGGAAGGGAGAUUUACAAUGUGAAGGUUUGUAAAUAUCUAUGUCCAUGAUAUUGUUGAAGCAGAAAUUCGAUCUGUUUACUUUUUAGGAUUACUUUUUUAAAAAUUCUUUUCUGUGCAAACUGUGCUUUUUGUGUGAAUGUGACAGAAAGAUGGUCUGGGGCAGAGAUGAUAAUAGAGGGGAAAGGGCUGGUUGCUCUCUCCCCCAGCCCAGGCUGGUGUGCCCUUUUGUUGAAUUUAAAUAAAAUUAUUUGUAGAUUGAUGUCA